AUUCCAAGAGGUCAAACAUUCUGCAUAGAGAUGUCGAGUAACAUUGAAAAUACAGCUUAUUACCAACGGAUCAUGUCAAUGUAUAUUGACCUUGGCACAGAAACGGUAUUGCAAGUCUUUUUGUGGUUACUAUCUACAACUGGAUAUAUUGAUACCAAAACAUUCUUAAACAAGUGCAACACAAUACUGUCUGAUUUAAAGAAGAAAGGUAUUCUGAGUCAAUCUGAAUACAAUAAACUUAGAACAGCAGAUCCGAAUCCAGAAACAUUCGAUAUUACAUUACUGAUGAAACUUAUUACACAUCUAUUCAGCAAUACUGUGGCAGUGCCCAGUCGAGCUCCACAGCCAACAGAAUAUUCUCUUGGAUCUGAUCUAUAUCGAUUAAGAAAAUUCAGGAAUAAACUAGUACAUGAGCCUACUUCACAAAUAUCUAAAGAUCGUUUUGAAUAUUUAUGGAAUAAAAUAAGUACCGUUUUGGAAAGAGUAGUACAAGAUAUAGACCCUGGUGCAACAGAAGAAUUACAGAACAAAAUAUCUCGAUACAAACAAAUGCCACUAGAUCCGGAUGAUAUUGCUAUAAAAGCAAAAUUAGAAAGGUUGAAAGAGUGGAAAUGUGAAAGAAACAGGCUUAAAGAACAGACAGAAGAUCUACUCCAGAAGGCUACAGGAUACCAAUUAUUGCUGAAACAUACGCCAGUUCAAUUCAUGCGUUACAUAAGACUGCUCUUUGACGGAGGUAAGCUGAGACUAAUUGGGAUCCUUGAGCGAGAAUGUGAAAGCGCGUCUAAACUAGUCCAUGUGGUUCUACGAGAGUGCAGUGACACAUCAACUACAGAAGAAACCGAAAUGGAUCCAUAUUCUAUGGACGUAGCCGUGCUUGCCUCUGCCAUAUUGGAUACGUUUAAGACCAGCAAAACUUUGAGUUCAGAGGAAAUCAAAAGAAUAACAUGCCUUAAAGACGCAAGAAACCUUUAUGCAGAAACAGCACUAUCGUCUGUGGGUGAUGACACGAGCGAUUUUUUCAAGAGAUGGACAGAUUUAAUACACAGCCUUUUAUCACUAUCGGCCGGUCUUGGUGGGACAACACAGGUUCGUUGCAAUGACAUGAUUGAACAAUACACGAAAAUGGAAGAUAUUGAAGAUAACAAAACAUAUCUGUAUCUGAAUCAGUUGAAGCAACAUGGCACCGAAGUAAAGAGCUUUGAGGAGCUCUACAAAGAAAAUAUUGAUGGACUGAAGCAACUGUUAAGACAAAUGACUGAGGGAGACGAUAAUUUUUUAAAGGCUCACGCAAUUGAAAUAAAGAUAGUAACACUUUGUGAAAGUAAAGAAAAGAAAACCGAGGCAGAGGACAGACUGGAAAAUGCUUUCAAUGCAGCCCUUAAUACGUGCCCAGGUGACUCGUCCACUGGCCAGUUGAAGACAGAAGUAGACAAAUUCAAACAGAAAAUUUCUAAACACUCUGAUGUUAAGGUAGUAGGGAUAAAGAGGAACUGUAUCUUGAUGAUUCUUACAUGUUCAACUUGUGAAGGAAUGCUUCAUGUACUGGAUUACAUAGAAAGUCAAGGAUUUCAAGAAAGUAUGAAUAACAUCGCAGACGAAUUAGCUUUCAUGUUUGGUGAGCCGUUCGCUGUUCGAGGACACUUAACCUUAGAAAGUAUAUGCGCCGUUUUAAACGAUCCAAGAGGGGCUAAGGUUGAGGGAGAAGGUGGAAUAACACUUCCAAUUGAAUGUUCGUCAACAGAAGGUAUUGGACAUGUUUUAACAGUGCUUGGUGAUGGUGAUACUACAAACAGUGUAAAUCAUAUGGCUGAAAUUCUUACACAUCACCUUAAUGAAAGAAUAUCUUUGAAGAUUUUUCCUGACCUGAAGGGAUUUAGAGACUUAUUUGAUGAAACAGAUACGGACACCUCAGGGUCUGGUAGUUUAAGUUAUGAAGAAGAGAAUGGAGAGGAAUCAGACAACAUUGUUACUGUAACUCACGAAGAAAACGUCAGUGAACGUAAAGACAUCACUGCAUUCAAAGACCAGUCACCUACAGAAAAGGCAAAAGAUGAAACUGUGUUGGAAAAAGUGUCAGAGGAUUGUUCAAAUCGAAUCAUAAACCAAGAUUCAUGCCAAGACGAACAGAUGGCAGAAGACCCUGCGAAAAAGGAAACUCUUAGUUAUGUACAAGAUGACGAGAAUGUAUCUUCAGACUGUCCUGAAGUUGUAUUUCAAGAAAGGAGUUCAACACAACAGUUAUCUGAAAAGACCUUACUCGUUCCGCUAAAAGGGCAUAAACCAAAUCAGUUGAAAACCCAACAUGAGUUGAAAAGUGUAAAACAUGUGACUGUCGAAAAUCUGACUGAUAUUCUUGAGAAAAUAAAGCAGACAUUAAAGAAAAUUACUGAAAUAUUCGACGAAAUGAAAACGAAAUCGACAAGAGAUUUUAAUCCAGAAUAUCAAAUGGUGGUUUUAUUUGACGAAAUACAAAUGCUACUGUCGAGAUUGGUAACAAAGUUAGAUAAUGACGUAUUGCUCUGGAAGGACAUGUUUAAACGCCAAUAUGCUGGGCUAGGAACCUGUCCAGAUUUGAAGAAUCUUGGAAGAUGGUGUGCUGAGACUGGUCGCAUAAUGUAUGAUCUGCUUUGGGGUAGUAUACCUGUGUGGUUUAAUGUUCUCGUAGAUUGUGAACACGAUAUCGCCCCUCUGGAAAGAUGUAAAGAAAACUUAGGAAAUUUAUUGUAUGGCUUUAUAGCCAGCACCUUUUUGGUGACCAGGCAACACAGUUGUGUAGCAAAACUUGAGCAAAAAUAUUUACCUGAACUGGUUGUAAGAAUUUUGGCGCUCGACAAAUGUCCACAACAUACAGAGGAGAUAAUAGCUGAAAUUCUGUGUGAAGAUGACGUAGUCAGUUGCAUCGAUAGUGGUAACGAUGACUUCCAAUAUGAAGUCACUACAAGGGUUCAAGAAGCGGAAAAUUUUCUGAGUUUCAACAAGGUCCAUUUCGCAUUUGUUGAUCGAUAUGAAUAUGCUGCUCACUUCCGAAGGUUAAAGCUGAAAAAUAAACUGCUUCACAGGGGCAAACGUGAACAAAUGGAUGAGUACGAAGACAAAUACAGAUUCAUCUUCACUACCACAAUUUAUGGAAAGGAGUUCGAGACAGUUUCACUCCCAUUUGUGUUGACUGACGUACCUGACCAGGAAAUUCUUGGUCAAGCGUCCAUAAUGUGGCAAUAUUUCCUUACGAAACUGAGUUGCCAGUCACCACAUCCACUUUCAGACCUGCCCUGGCAUCUUGUUGAGCAGAUGUUACAGUCUGCUUUACUAAGAUUAUGCCCGUCAAGACCACUAACGGAGGAAAACCUAAUGUACUUAAAACAGAGAUUAUUGGGUGCAGCUAUUGCAGAUGAGUGGGAACUUGUUUCCUUUAAAAAGUUUUGUCAGGAUAACAUAGACUGGUCGGAGGACACACAUGAAAAGACCUUCACAUCCUGUUCUUUCUGGAAAUGGUUUGUUGGAAUAUACAAUCUAAUUGAUGAAAGCUUUCUACAUUUAUGGGAAGAUGGCUUGAUUGUUGGAUUUAUUAGCACAAAUGAAGCCCGAACAAUGUUGGAGAAAUUGGACAAUGCAAAAUCAGGAAGUUACAUUUUGAGAUUUUCUGAACAAGUGACAGAUGUUGACGAUAUGAAUCGCACAUUUGGCCAACUAAAAGCAUGCGUUAUGGUGGUUGAAGAUAACAAUGGUCAACGAGAGAAGACUUUUUAUGAUAUAGAAAUAGGUGGUCCGGAGAAAUUCAGGACAAAGAAUCUUGUUAACAUCUUACAGGACAUAAACGAAACAAAACAGCAGCAGUUUCUGUAUCUAUAUCCGGGUGAGCUUACAAUGGAAAUGUUAACGGAGAAGUAUUGUAAUCAAGUUCCACAACGUGCUGAAGUUAAAUUAUAGAUAUCUAUUGUCCUUUGAUGGUAAUGAAGGGGUUCUAUAUCUGAAAAGCCUGAAAUGCAAUACGAGAAACAGGAGAAAAACAGCCGGAUUUUGUUUAAUAAAUAUGUUUAAUAAUGACUGUACUGAAGCCAAGGAAUUUAUUAUAUGUGAAAAAAUACUUUGCUACAAAGAUGUGAGACAACAUUGCAAUGAUUUUGACACAGUUUCAAUAAUUACGAAAGUAAAAUAAAAUACAUGACUUCUGCAGGGGAGGGAUUUUAGCUUUUUUCUUUGUGCAGAUAGGAUUAUUGCUAUGUUUCAACAUUUUACAAUAUUUUGUACAAAAUAUAUACAAAAUAUGGUAAUUUUGCAUAAGGCUGUAUUUCGUGAGAAGUUGAUCAAGUUUGAUAAAGAGAAGUACUUUCCUGUUAUAUGGUAUACAGGAAGGAUUGUAAACGUAAUAUUAAGACACUUUUUAAUAUUUUAUGUGGUAUAAUGAUAUUGCAUUUUAAAAGGAAGCCUGGUGUGCCCGUUUGUAUGCUUAUCUCUUACCUCCGCAUUUCUGAUGAGACAGUUUUAUUUCUGUGUAACAUUAUAGUAUUUGUUAUAUGCUCAGUACAUCUAGAAACGCAACGUUUUUACCCUCGUUUUUAUACUUUCGUUCAUAAUUUCCUUGUACAUGUAUAUUUGAAUUAUACAAAGGGUCCAAAUUCACGUUUGAACAAGCACACAGUUAAUAAGUUGUAAAACCACCAUUCGCAUUUAUCAAUGCAAGGCAUCGUCGGUUUAAAAAAUAUUGACUGUAAACCCAAGUGUUGCGUUUCAAGAUGUACUCGGUAUAUAAUCCAUUUCAUCCAUUUCUGAAAUUACGAUGAUAGUAUAUGUAACUCUUACCUUCUUGUGUUUACAUCACAGUGGCAACCCAAAAAAGAUACUUAGUCGCGCAAAUUACUGUGUCCAGUACCUCAAAAAGAAGGCACUGGAGCCUCGCAAGUAAACAAAGUAUCUAGAAUGGCACAAACACUGAAAGUAAUUUGAAAAAUUGAUGUUGAUGUAUAAUAAAUACGUAGGAUUGUUACUUCGGGAAACUUGCGAAAUAUAUUUCAUUUGAAUACAUAUCCUAAAACGAAACUGGCGUGUGUAAGGGGGAGUGACGUGUACACAUUCUUUCAAUUUGACGACCUUAUAAAUUACGUUUUCACCAAGGACAUUGAUACUAACAGUUCCUGGUAAACAUACUUAACCUGUAAUAUAUAUGACUCGUGCUAUCAUGCGAAUAACUAAAGCAACAUGAAAUUUGAAUUCAAAUAAAAUUACAAAGACACCAGAUUGUUUUAAAAACAUUUAGUGCACCGGUAUUUGUAAUCGUAAUUAAAAUUAUUUUAUACUCGUGAUACAGCAUAAAUUAUAUUUAAUAAGUUUUCUUUUCUUAGUUUAAGUACUAAUACUUACAACACUAAUGCUAUAAAAAUAUGAUACUGAUGCAAACGUAUUUGAGGUAGAAAAUUGUAAAACUCAUUUCUCUGUCUAUAGAAAGCAUUUAAAGUAUGAAUGAAAUAGCUAUCAAAAUCAGAUUUGCUUCAGGAAUGCCAAUACAACACUUUUCCAUUUCAACAUAUCACGUCGCAAGUUUUAAAGUGAUUAAAGUAUACGAAUUGAAAAAGCGAACUUCCAUUAUGAGUAUAGUAGUUGUCUUUGGCCUGAUUCUGUACAUCGUGUAUCACAGACUGUUAACACCGUCUAAAGUCAGUGUGUGUGUGUGUGUGUGUGUGUGUUCGGGUCUUUUCAGACAAUAUACGUUCUGUUUCAUACAGCAUAAAUGUCUCCGAGUUUGAACAAAAGGACUCCUGUGCUAAUGAAAAUAUACAUGUAGCUGCCUCUAACAUAAACGCUGUUGUCAAGUUUUAUGGAAAAUGAUCUGAGCUGACAUAUCAGAAUUGCGUGGAACUAUUCUUUUAAACAUCUACAACUGUAUGAAGAGCUCCUUGUACUUCGACUAGCAUACUUUUAUUUGGCACGUUUUACACAAUACGCCAAGACAAGUUCUAAGCAAUUUAUUGUCAAUGUUUCAACGUUACGUUGCGCGUCAUUGCGUUAAAUGCAUAUCAAUUUAUCAGAAGCUCUGUCAGCGUCUUUAUAAAUCAUGCAUGUGUCUUUUCACACAAGUUUUGUUUAUAGACAUUUUCAAGUGGAAUCCUUGAUUCUAGUUUGUUUUGAGCUGCAGUUCCGUGCACUGCAUGGUAAAAUGCGCUUCGAGGUAUCCUUACCGGAUUGUGCAUGGAACAUUCUGAAUUCGUAGACUACACAAAAUAUCGUGUUCAACUAAACAGUGCCGUGUAAAUAGUUUAAGAAGUGUCAAAGUCAAACAGCAUCGCAGGUAAGGUUUCUAGCCAGUUAUAAGGCAACUAAAACUAGCAAAUGUUCUUUUGCACACACUCUUUUCUAAUAGUCACAUUUUAUGUAAACGCAUGUGCUCUCAAUACUGAGGUCUCGAACAAAAUUUGAUAAGCAUAAAAUUUGUAUUUUCACAAAGUCCAUAAUUUACAACCGUUAGGCUACAAUAAUGAAAACGCGUGUAAAAAAGACGGACACAUAUUUAUGAUGUCGUGUAAGAUUUACAUGCAGAACAUAUACAUUCUCGAUCAAAAUGAAUUUAAUUGACUCCUACUCAUAUCGUAAAAUGAUCUUUUUCUAUAUUGUUCCAAGAUUACUUUGCGAUGUGCAGAUUUAAACCAUACGACGCGUAGAUUCAUGUGCAAAAGUAAUAGCAAUGAUGACGCAUCACGUGUUUUAAGUUUAAGUAGUUUGAAAAUAAUCUUAAUGUCAGGGCAAGAAAAAAUAUCUGGUUGAUAAACGUUUCGCUGACUUUCCGGAUAAAAAUAAUUGCUGAAACACUGUAACCUAGUAUCUUCUACUCACACGAGCUUAGAUGUUAAGAUUUGAAACCUCCAUUAAGUACUAUUCAAUUGCCAUAUAUAUUAUUUAAGGUAAAUAUCAUGUUUUACUGACCUUGCAUGUAUUACUUUCGCAAUAUCGUAUGCAAAUUGAAUAAGUGCAAUCGAAUAAGUUAUAAUUAGAAAAAAUAUACAUUGUCUGCUACCAGAAUGCUUAUCCUGUAUAGUGAAUUCACUUUUUAGAAACAAAUUUAUUAUUUUGAUAAAAAAAAUAUCACUGAAUAUUUCUAAAAUCAUUGAUUUUCGAAAAAAUGAGCAUUUGUUUGGUCAUAUUUAGGUCACAUAUGUAUGUUUUUAGCUGUGAGCACACUCAAGGAUCACAAAAAUAUUUUGACCGUAGGUCCAGCUUCUUUCAAAGAAUUCAUGUUUAUUUUUAUUGUGGUCGGCAACUGUGCUCGUCUCGUAUUGAAAAUUUCAGAUUUCUUAAAAAAUAUGAGUUAAAAACUGAAGGAUUCCCAUACCCUUAAUGUUAAAAGUAUUUUCAUUAACGUCCGAUGUUUUCUUUGAUAAUGAAAGAAUUGUAAAAUAUUCAUUGCAGGUUGAUAAAACAAUACUUCUUGAUGAAAGACAACAUGUUUUUUCAUUCUAUUUUGAGACUUUCAGUUUUUAGGCCAUUUUUGGGCAAAAGUGAACCUUCUCUUUUGUUUCUGAAUAUCUGGCUAUGGGUUUAAACACUGUAUAAAACAAUUUUACUAAGACAGUCAGCUGCCAUAAAAAUGAUUUACGUCUGAAAGGAAGGAAGUGUUACUCUUGUUUCAAUUUUACCAAUUUAUCUGUUUCAUAGACUCAUGACGUCCAUUUUUGUUUGUAAUGUUAAUUCAGUUGCGCCAUUUCUGCUUCUAAUGAAACAACUAACAUUUUAAUCUUUACGUUGAGUUUAAUAUUAUUGCAUUAUCAGUAGCGUCAGUCAAGGGUUUUAUCGCCAUGAGUUUGACCACGUGACAUCUUUCGACCAAUCAAAUUUCUUGCAAAAUAAUUUUUGAAUAUUUAAAGUUAAAAAAAUGGACACAAUGGAUGUAAACAUUUAAAAUGUAGGGAUAUUGCAUGGUUGUUCGUGUUGUAACAUCUUUAGAAUCCCGAGGGUACCAAAGAUUACCGAGGGAUGUUGAAGAUGUUAUAACACAAAAAGAACAUGCGCUAACGCUGUUCUAGCAUAAGACGCGUAACAACCAAGUAAAUGAAUAUAUUGUCCCUCAACGUCAUUCAAUUUUCAUGAAAUGCGCGGUAAAGUCUAUGAUGUUUUUUUUUUUAACGUUGACGUCAUUUUAUUUGGAUUGUCUGUUUUGGGGUCAUAAUAAUUUUACGCUUUGCGACGGAACGCGCAUGUUUUAAAAGAUGUUUUGACAGCACAUGAGCGCGAAAAUCUCUCUGCUGACACAGAUGCAUUUUCUCUCCUGUUGAAACAGCCCCGAAAUGUGACAAUAACAGCAGUUUUGUGCCAUUUAUGCUAAAAUAACCGAUAAACGCCAGUAAUGGAAGUAAAAUAUGUUAUCAAUUUGUACUGAUUAUGAUACUUGCUGCCGUUUUUGCGUUACAUCUGGUUAAUAGGUUAUUUGUUUUUAAAUGCCCUAAGAAGCCAUUACCAGUUACUGCCAGCACAAGUAUAGUAAUGGGAAAGAUGCUAUGCACACAAAAAUGUGAAAAGAGACACUAUUAGAUGCGCCUUUAAAAGGCUUGUCGAUCAUUUGAUAAAGUAAAUCGGUAACAAAUCGUGUGUUGACCAAAUAUUUGACAAAGUUACCCUGCCAAUUGUCUUAAAUUUAAAUUGUAGCAAUCGUUAAUGCAUUACUCAUAAAAUCAUUUUUAAACAUAGACAUUUUAGAUUUUCCCGGGAAGUAUUUUAUCAAGUCGGAUGUCUCCCGCGAAAUAGGAAUUAACUCUCUUGGUAAAAACGAAGGUCACAUGCAUCCGAAACACGAUGGAUUUAAAAGUUACAAGGACAAGUAAAAUUAUUUCUGUUUGAAACAAUAUUGAAAAAAAAGGUUACUAAGUUAAUAGGAAAUAACAAUAAACAAUCUUGUUUUUUUUCUUUCGUUUAUUCAUUUAUUCUCUUAGUACCGCGAAAUUCCUAGCAACUAUAUAGAGAUUUGUCUCGUAUCAAAAUGGCGAAUACCUACGAUAGUUUAUCGAUCCGUAAUAAGAAACAUUAGAAACUAAAGCGAAAUAUAACAUUUUUUGCAUGUGACUGAUGCAGAUCUUUUCCAAUCUAAGUAGAUCUGUGUGAGAAAUAUAUCAUAUUUAGUACAUAGAACAUGCUUUUAUUUACGAGAAAUAUCUAAAUAAAUUAUUGUGUUAACUUAAAAUAUACCUGUUGAGGAAAUAAAACCAUACAAAGUAAACACAAAGAUAAUUUAAAUCCAAAAUUUGGCGUAAAUACCAUGUUUGCUUGAAAAAAAAAACGACUGAAAACGCGCCAAAACGUUGAAAGAAUGCAAUUUCAUAAAAAUUUUCCAAAACCUGAAUUCCUGUACCAUGUGCAAAUUCUAUUUUGUGAUAAACAUUUUAAAUAUAAACUAAAAACACAUGUUGUUUUUCUUAGAGAUCAAAACUAGUUUUACCUACUAGAUACGAUUUUAUGUUGCAUGCAUUGAUCAAAUUAUUGUUAAUACAAGGACCUCAUCAGCACAAGCAAAACGAGUUAUGUUAUAUUUCCUGUCACUUAACAUUUUUACGUUUCUCGGUUAGGAUUUGGGGUAAAAAAAUGUUAAACAUUGGUCAUUUUAAAUGUUUAAUCACUUUAACUUAUCUAAUAUAAUUUUUUAGCAAACUCGUGUUUCGUUUGCUCAAAAAUAAUAUAUGCUUGUAAGCGUGAUACUGAUUUAACUUAAUUAUUGGUAUGCGAAAAAUUAUGAGACAAACCGGUAAGUAGUUAAGUAGUUAUUUUAAGACGGACCUGUACAAAAAGUACGAAAAACGUUACGAACCACAUGGUUGAAAUGCUUAGAUUAAAAAAAAACAUGAAAGACAUAUUAUUGUCUAGAUUCUGCCAUUAUGAUAGUCUGUUGGCUUAUCUAUAUAGAAUCUUAUCAAAAUAUGAUUUUAAAGUAAUUAUCAUAUGACAUAUAUAUCUGUUGCCAUGACUAGAAGAAAACUAAAAUGAACGCAUAGUUUUGUUCAAUAAAUAAUCAUUCCAUUUUUAGAUGCAAAUAUACACACAUAGAUUAUCAUAUAUAGACACACACAUACUAUUAAACGACGAAACUAUUUGUUUGACUUGCGUUGGUAACUAGAAAAACUUGUUCUUUAUCUUUUAUAGUUGUAUCAAAACAUUUGUCAAACUCAAAAUCAUUUUGUACAUAUUGCUUCCUUUGCUUAGAAUUCCAGUAAUACAUAUUUUGACUGUUAUAAUGAAUAUUUUGUUAUAUUUUUGUAUUUUAUAUUUUAUGUACAAUGUAGGCUUGAAAUGACUUAGUAAGAUUACAGCAGAUUUGCAGACUAAAUUGAGUUUAUCCCGUUUUCAAAAA